CGGACGAUGAAUCUUUAUUGUCAUUUAUUCGUUGUCCUGAGAUUUUUAAAAAUCACAUAUGCAUAGCGGCGCUUGACAUGCAUGCUACAGUUCAACGCUCUACCCAGGUUGAAGUACCGACCGACAAUGAGUUCGAUUUUGGAGGUACUACCUAUCUCCCAAGUUUGAAUAUUGAUUUUUCAAGGGGUAUAGUUCAACAACAAACAAUUGUAGGAUUUGGUAGUCAGUCAAAUGAUACAACUAAUUAUGGUACACAGUAUGAUGGUGUGGCUUCAACGCACUAUCAUAACUCUGAUUGGAGUCGGCAGAAUCGUGAGACGGGUGGACCAAGUAAUGCUACUACGCAGUUUCAUAAUUUGAAUUGUAAUGUACGACACCCUUCACAUCCAGGUCCAAGUGAAUUGGACAGUGAUAGGCAUAACGAUUUUGAAGAUAACCCCACAUUGACUCAGCUCACACAAAUUGUGAGCAAUAACGAUUUAGCUAAUGAUAUAAUAAAUGAGUCGGAUAGCGAUAGUCCAUUAGAUCAUGAAGGGAUGGACAAUGAUCAAUCGUCUGCCGACGGUGACGAUUCUGAUGAAGAUGUUGCGGCCUCCGGUGAUCUUAGUGUUAAUUAUCAUUCAAAUGUGAUCCCAUAUUUGGAUAAUACAGAAGAAGUAGAACCGGAAGAUUUUGCAUACAUGAGAGAUAACGAGUCUGUUCGGGCUGCACUUUGAAAUUCCAGUAAUCCUAAAGUUAUCAAAUCAGGUUAG